AUGACGACUGCCAAUCUAUACCUACUGUUGGUGGUUUCUGUAACUGUCGUCUACUGUAGCAAGAAUGACAACAGGCAGAAACGAUACCUUAGCAACAGCAUCAUAAUUGAAAUAACUAACGGAGAGGUACUGGGUCUGAGGGAGAAGAUUCAAGGCAGAAAUUCUGCAACGAUUGACGUGGAUGUUUUCCGGGGCAUACCAUACGCGAAACCUCCUGUUGGGGAUCUCAGAUUCAAACGACCCCAGCCGUCUGACCGUUGGAACGGGGUGUUCGAAGCAACCAAAUUCCCAAAUACUUGUAUUCAGGUACGUGGCUUCGGUUCGAUCUUACUCGACAAUCCACCACCAACACCGCUGAGCGAGGACUGUCUAUACCUGAAUAUCUGGAGACCCAGAUGCCCUGACGCCGGACGGAACAUGGCAACUACGCUGUGGGUCCAUGGUGGAUUCUUCCUAAAUGGGUCCACGGCGGAGCCUGUUUACAAUGGCGCAGCAUUGGCUGCCUUUGAAUGUGUGAUUGUUGCAUCUGUGAAUUACAGACUGGGGUCUUUUGGAUUCAUGUAUACAGCUUCUGAAGAAAUUCCGGGAAAUAUGGGUCUACUGGACGUGACCCUGGCCUUGAAGUGGGUCAAGGACAAUGUGGACAAUUUUGGGGGAAACCCCCGAAAAAUUACCAUAUUUGGCCAAAGCUCCGGAGCUGCAAUGGUGUCUAUGUUGCUAUUGUCUCUGUUACCACGUGAUCUGUUUAACAAUGCUAUCCUCCAGGUCACUAACCCCAGUCUUACCUUACUGAUUUACGUCAGUGGUGACAUCGUAUAUGAAUGUCCGGCAAUCGCCAUAGCAACCAUGUACGCCGCCUUAUCCCAAAACGUGUAUGUGUACAGAUACGACUACGUCCGCGAGAGAACCUUUCUGCCAGCUUGGGUUGGGGCUACGCAUUUAAGUGAAGUGCCCCUUGUAUUCAGAACUAUAACGCCUGCAUAUCCACAAAUUUCGGAAAGGGACGCGCAGGUGAACGAAAGAAUCAUGAAAAUGUGGGCACACUUUGCUCAGUCUGG